AUGGACCUGCAACGGGAGCCAACGCUGCAAAUGAAUACCAAAAACCUCAAGCGCAAGGUGGGGGACAGCUUGUUAUUCAACAAGCAAGUGUCGAACCGGAGGGAGAACGUUGAGGCCCUGCUAGGCCAGGCAGUUGGAAAAAAGCUCCUGCAUGGCCUAGACUGCCAAAACUGCCGGACACUAGAUGGCAAAUUUACGUCUUGUGUUCGCAUGCUCUGGCAUGCAACACUGUGCAAAUUGUCAUUGGGGGGGGGGGGCGAGUAUGGCCGGUGCAGCUUGUUGCAAACAUUCAACGAGAACCCCAACAUUGUCCGAACAGACGGAAAGAUGCAUGAGGACGUCCUUUCGCUAGAUGCAGCUCUAGCAGCCCUCGAGGGCAAAGUUUCCCGCACUAUGGGGACUAUCAAGACGAUCCGAAAGCAAAAGAAGAAACUAAAAACCACAUUGAAGGAGCAGCCAAAGAUCAACUCGGCUCACCAUGAAGAUCUGCGCUCAUUACGCACAACCCUAGCAGCCUAUGAACAAAGGCUCGCUCGCACCCGGAAGACUAUGAAAAUGGUCCGAAAGCAAAAGAAGGAGAUGAUGAAGGAAAUCAAGGAGGCGGGUGAAAAUUGA